AUGCGUGUCGCCGGAGUCAUUGCUCUAUUGGCGGCGGCCAUGCCGGCUCUCGCUGAACGCGGAACAUUCGGACUUGCUCUGGGCAAUCAGAACCCGGACUCAUCCUGCAAAACGACCGAUGACUACAAGAAAGACUUCGAUGCGAUCAAGCACCUGACGACCCUCGUCCGUACCUACUCCGCCAGCAACUGCGACACCGCCAAGAACAUCGUGCCGGCUGCAAAGGCGAAGGGCUUCAAGGUUGUGCUGGGUGUCUGGCCCGACUACGAUGAGUCCUUCAACCAAGAUUUCGAAGCCCUGAAGAAGUCCGUUCCCGGAAACGAAGACGUCAUCCACGCGAUCACCGUCGGUUCCGAGUGUCUCUACCGCGGAGACUUGAUUGAUGCCCCGAAGCUCCUGAAGAGGAUCAACCAGGUCAAGAAGGAGUUCGAUGGUGUUGAGGUCGGUACCGUGGACAGCUGGAACAAGUUUGCCGACGGUACUGCGGACCCUCUCAUCACCGGAGGCGUUACCUACUUCAUGGCGAACGGCUUUGCGUACUGGCAGGGCCAGCCUAUUGAGAAUGCCACCGCUACCUACUUCGAUGACAUGGCGCAGGCCAAGGCCCACAUCGAGCAGGUUGCCGGUGACAAUGCGAAGAACAUCCGCUUCGGCAACGGCGAGAGCGGCUGGCCUACCGAUGGCGGAUCCGACUACGGCGCUGCCAAGGCCAGCACCGACUCCGCUGAGAAAUACUACAAGAAUGCUGUCUGUGCUAUGCUCACCUGGGGUAUCGACGUCUUCUACUUUGAGGCCUUUGAUGAGAGCUGGAAGCCCGACAGCAAGGGCGACAACGGCGAGGUCAAGGACGAGAAGCACUGGGGUCUCUUUACCGACGACCGCAAGGCCAAGUUCGACAUGACCGCACUUUUACCCCUGAGUAGCCGACACGAACCACGUUGUUUGGUUGAAGUCAAUGUUGAUGGGUUUAGCAAUUUGCAGGCAUUCAGGGGCUUCGGAUCAUGCUUGUGGCUCAAUGAUAAUGUUCUCAAGAGUCUGAUACGCUUCGACGUCCAUCUCUCUAUCUUUCUCAAGUACGGAGUAAUCGAUGAUAUGAUCGCGUCUGACCUGCACCUCUUACAUGGCGAUCUAGAUCAAACCGUGUCUUCCGCCAAUUCGGCGCUUUCUCCCCCACCGCCGCAUUCCUCAAACCCAUCUGGCGUCCGUGACAGUUCACUGCUGUCGGCCCCGCUGCAAUCGCCCUUCCCAUCUCCAGGUGCGUCGAGUCGCUCGACCGCUGGAUCACCUGGCCGGCCAACCUCUCCUGGGAACCGCAGCGUCUCCUUCAACGAACCGUCGACCCUACCCGUCCUACCAAGAUACCGUGGUGCUUUGGACUCGUCUACCACUUCCCCGGAGGAUAAGAAAGCGGAAAGCAGUGUAUACUACACCACAGCUUGGGGGUCGCCGUAUGCCGCACCCAGUCCGCGAACGGUCUCGUGGUCAUUAAGUCAAAAAGACGCUGGUGUUGAUCGCGACUCGGGAGAUAGCUCGCCAAUCUCCAUACAAUUCGGGCUCGAGCCGAACAGACACGUGAAUCCGUUCGAAGGUCCAACCAUUGAGGUCAGUGGUAGCCUUGAUCGUUCUCCAGAGAGCAGACGAGGGAAGUCAAUACAGGAUUUCACGCAGGAUUGGAUCAAUCAGUACCUUUCUGGUCAGCAAAGAACCGAGCGAAGCAACUGGUUAAGCGACGAUUCCGGCAGCGAAGCCCCAUCGUUCAUUACGGCCGCGAAUCACUUCGCAGACGACGCUUCUGACGACUGGCUUGGAUUGGAACAGGACUCUCGGGACCAGGAUUUGCUCAAAACCCCAACUCUAGCCGACUUUGUCAACCGGAGAUCUGCUGCCAAGGCAGGGCCGCUCCGCAAGAUCAAGGAGUCCCUUCACAGGAGAACAGAUACUCUCCGACAGGAGGAUUUCUGGGGGUUCGCAUACGACAAAGAGCAGCCAAACGCCAUGGCCGACACAAAAGAGACGCAGCCUGCUGGGGUAGAACACAAGCUUCUUCCGCCAGACGAGAAGCCGCUCCCACCGCCUCCGGUAGAAGAAAAGGAAUCGACGCCGACGAUUGACACGCCGGUAAUACCCGUUGAAGCAAGCGUCACCACGGCGCAGCUAGCUGAAGAAAAGCCGUUGCCGCGAAGACAGAAGAAGAAGAUACCCUGGCGCGGCAAAGGUUGUGUUAUCGACCUUCCCCUUUACGACAAAAGAGGUACAGAAGAGUCUGGAUACCGCCUCUUGACCGCCGAAGAUGUCAGACGGGGCUUGCAGCAAUGGGAGGAGCUAGGCUACGAUGUUCGAGGCUUCAACGUUAGCGCGCCAGAGGAUCCCUUCAACUUUGAGCUCGGAGGUGCCAGUCGCCCGCUUUACCCCGAUGCAGGCGAUCUGAAGGACGAACAGAAUCCUGGCAACUACAACGUUAGCUUUCCGAACAAGGCGCUCUGGGAUGAGUAUGUUAACCACCUGCAAGAAGAGAAGCUCCGGGCCCUGGGUGUGUUUGGAGGCGAUGAAGAAAUCCAACCUUCUCCAUCACCUGCUACACUAAACCCUAUGACGCCCUUUCCAGGUCUCGUUGCAUCUCCGCCAAUCCCAUCUGCAUCAGCUGCUAGCAACCCUCUGUCAAUGCAUCAUCCUUUCUCUCCGCAACUCACACAGGGGGGUAAUAUGAGCAAUGGGAUCGCCUCUUUGGCGUCACCGGCAUCUCAGUUUGGUAUGCAAACGCCCUUCUACGGUGUCGACCAAGGUAUCAUGCCAGGAUUUCUUCCCUUCCAGCCGACGCCGCCCGCGCAAGGCUCACUCACACCUCAGAGCUUCAUCAACUUGCGUCAAAGUGGUCCUACAUCAACUAUUCCAGGCACUCUGUCCAGUCUUACCUCUAUGCUGUCACCUGUUUCUCCAAUGAACGAUACAAAUGCUUUCCAUCCCGGAUUUGGCGACCACGUGGGACAACAGAAAGACGUCUUCAAUGACCAAUUUCACCACCUGGCGCAAGAUGACUAUGCUGAGGAUCAACUCCGGCCGCUGCGAACCCCUCCGCCAAACCCGGACAACUUCCAUGCGUCUACGGUCGAGAUUGCCCAGCCUACUCCUCGUGGUCACAGCCGUGGUCAUAAUCUUAGUGAAACACUUCAGCGCGGUAUCGACCAGGUCACGCCGGAUUACCAUCUGGAGGAUUCUAUCGACAGAGAGCUUGAUGAUGGUGACUACGAUCCAAUGCAUCACAGCCUUGGUGCGCCCGGCCUGCUGAACUCUAGAUGGGCUCUGCCUGAAACCAACGCGCCUCAACAUAUGGCUCAGCAUCUGAACCACUUUUACGGAGAUGUUUAUAACGCCGAGGUUGCUCAUGACGGCUCAGAUAUCGACACCAACCCAAGCUUAUCUGGGACGCCCCGCCGUAAUGGAUCGCUCGCCCACCAGUUUCCGUGGCAUGAGCCAAAACCCAGUAACGGGUCUUUUGUUGGUGGACACCGUUCGAAACUGUCAACGUCGAGUCUCAACGUUCAGGCAAAGGAGUUCGCACCAACCGGUCAAGCUGCCCCGCAAUCGUUACCGUUCCAGCAGCAAGAUGCUUUCCAAUUUCCUACGUUGGAGCACUCCGUGUUUACCUUUGGCGCUGAACAACCUGCUGGGCGGCUCAACGUUGCUGCUCCUACAUUUACUCCUGGCCAGACUGACAAUAUCUUCCACGGCAGCCAGGACAGUCAGUCCCGUGAAUUCAAGUUCUCUGCCCCGUCUGCUGCUGCGUUGAACGUCGCUGCGCCUGAUUUCAGUCCCGGUAGGACCAAGAUCUUUGACGAUAUCGACUUCGCGGAAAUUUCCAAGUCUGCCAAGAAAUCAAAGGCCAUCCCGAUUGUCAGACCAGAUGAAGUGAAGGAAGACGAGCAGGAUAAGUCGGAAGUCAAAGAAUCAAGCGAUUCUCGUGGUCGCCCAUAUCCUACUGAUCGACAUAAGCGUGCUCGACGCGUCGGCGGAAGUGACGAAGGCGAGGCCCGGUUCAGCAUAUCGAACCCGCUGGGCGAGGCCAGUAACUUUCAGCCUCAGCAUACACCAACCGCUUCUUAUGCGCCUGCCGAGGGUAAGGAAAACGCUCUUCCUGAGCAGGAAUCAAAACCCGUCGUUUCCCAGAACAAUCCCAUUGAACGUUGGGAUACACCCGCCAGUGAAGCUUCCACCUGGGCUCCUUCCGAGGCUAAGGUCAAUGUGGCCGGGCCAAAUGAGAUACAACAUAAGAGCCCUGAAGUGGUUGCUGAAGAUAGGCCUGACCCUGAGGUCUCGAAGGAACAGCACGAGCCAGCCAGGGAAGUCGAGCCUGUUCAGUUCGGCCAGAAGAGCGCUCUCUCAGGUUCAGCAAAGCCAUUCAGUUUCAAGCCCUCCAUCGCUGAAUUCGUGCCAUUUAAUGCUGAGCCGCCAGCGCCUCCUCCAAAGGACACGCCACCCAGGGCAAACAAGGGCCUGAUGGCUUCCCGCUUCGCUGCUGCAAGCCCACCGGCGUCACCACCUGCACGGCAGUUAUCCACGGAGCUGUCGGCUUCCGCUAAUGUCAAUGUGAAGGAUGAUCAGCCGGAGGAUAUCCCUGAAGCAGAAGAGGAUCGUGCGCACAUCGAGGAAGACCAAGACUCUCUUGAUGAAGAUCAGCUCAAUGCCAUCAUGGAUCAGCUCAAUGAGGAUUCUGAGGUCGGUGUCGAACGCAUCAGCACUCCCCAGCCCGCUAGCCACCUGCCAGAGCCAGUUCCAGCGCCAUCGAAAGAGAAACGCCAUGAUCAUGCGAACAACAGGAGUGAACCACCGAGCCCUAGCCCUGGAAGAGGUGCAAUAUCUCAUACUCUCAAUGUGCCUAGACUUGAUUUCGAUGCACAGUCCCAGUUCACAGCCACUCCUACCAAGGGUGUAGUCUCCAACAUCCACUCGCCUGUCCGACAGCUCUUAAGCCGGAAUGACCAUAUUAGCGACUGGGACGAUGUGAUUUCUUCAGGAGAAGACAUCAAGUUGGAAAACCGCAGCAAAUUCUUUGAUCGCCGUAUCAAUGAACUUCUCGGAUCCGCAAUCGAUGAGCGCCUUUACCCUCUCGAGAACGCGCUUGGAUCAAUCCAGGACUCACUUGCAGCUUUGGCUUCUGCUCCUACCCAAGCUCCAUUGGCUCUGCGAAGUACAUCUGCUGAAGUUAUGGAUAGUGACGCCGACGACGAAGACGAAUAUGAGUACGAGGAGAAUGCAUCCUACAGGGCGAGGUCACCAAUUCACCGUAGAGAGCGUAAGCUCGAGAAGCUUAGGAACGUUUUUCUGGAGGCACUGGCAGCCCAUGAGCCUCAGCCUGCUCCUGCUCCUGCUCCGGAACAGCCUGCCAUGGAAGAACUUCAACAGCUUCGCAGUACCGUCGCUGAGCUGCACGCGAUGACGGCCCAGAAACUGUCGCAAGACCCGACCGCCGGCCUGCGCGAAAUGAUUCAGGAAGUUGUUGCCGCUCAAAUCAACUCUCGCUCGCGGUCGGAUGCGGAAGAGAUCGGAGCCGACAGUCUCAUGCUCCAAAUCAACAGCUUGAAGGAGAUGCUGAGAGGCGCUGAUGAGCGAACCGAAGCUGAGUAUAGGAAACGAAGACAUGCGCAGGACACCAUUGCCCAGCUCCAGCGCCUGCUUAAGGAUGCUGAAGACGAAGCUGCCCGUCACAGUGCGGCUGCCGAAUCUGCUGAAGCACGAUUACUGCAAUUCCAGGAAGAGAAGAUGCCGUACUAUGAGAGCUUCCAGCAGAGAGCUGUUAUGCUCGAAAAGGAACGCGAAAGCACCAGGCUGACGCUUGAUGAGCUCUCUUCCAAGAACAUUACACUCCAGGGCACGCUCGACGAGUACCGCUUCAUGACCGAUAGCGCGAAGCGGGAAACCGAGGAAGCCAAUGCUCGCCUGGAAGAGGCCAAGGCCGAGAACCACCAACUGCGCAACACCGUUGCCAACAUGAAGGUUCGCAUCGAAGACGGUCUCCACAUCCGCCAGAAUCUCAGCGGAAAGAUGGAUCAGCUUCAAGAUCAACUGGCUGUCGUUACUGGAGAAAUCGCCCGUGAUCAAGCCUCUUGGCGACGCAAGGAAGAAGAGAUGAACGCCAGGUACAACGAACUACGGGCAUCCCACAAUCGGGAGACGAAGUUGCGUGAAAAGCUCGAAACUGAAGUUGCGACGCUGGAAGAGCAGGAGCGUGAGGCCGCGAAGCUCAAGUUCAUCUUCGGACAAUCGCAACAGGAGAAUGAACGCCUUGAGGAGUUUGUCAAUGAGUUGAGGCAGAAGAACCAGGAGCUGGAUGUGAAAGCUGCUCGAUUCGAGCGCGAGUUUAACGAGGCCCGCGAGAGCAGUAGAGUUGAGAUUCAGCGUACCAGAGCCUCGAUGGAGACGGAGAUUGAGGCUGCCACCACCCAAGUCAACAUUGUCCGUGCCGAGCUGGAGGCCCAAAUCACCCGUCUGGAGACUCAAUUGGACAAUGUCAAACUCGACAGUGACACUGCACGAGAGCGCUACGAAAUGCUCCUUGAGGAAGCGCAUGAAACAAAGGCUGCUGCUGUGGCUAGUGCUAUCCAAUCCAAGGAAGACUCUUUGGAAGAUCAGCGGCAACAGCAUGAACGUGUUCUCAACGACCUCCGCGAACGUCACGCUCGCAUCAUGCAUAACUCUUCUGAGGAUAAAACGCGGACGGAGAACCAUUACUUUGAGAAGCUGCAGUUCUCGGAAGACAAGAUCAGGCACCUCCAAGAGCGAAUUGUACACCUCGAAGAGAAGCUCGAAAUCACCCAGUCGGCUGCUCGUGCCGCUGCCGAGGCUGCGCAAUCGGCCAAAUCUGCAGGACCGACUGCGCCUUCACACUCCAGCUCUCCUUCGCUGCCAUUCAACCAGGGCUCGUCGGUGCCUGAGAAGAUCUCGCCCCAGGCUCUCCGAGAGUCGAUCUUGGUCCUGCAGGACCAACUGCAGCAACGUGAAACACGCAUCGACGAGCUUGAAGCCGAACUCUCCGCUGUCGACAAAGAUGCCCCCACCAAGAUCAAGGAGCGCGAUACAGAGAUUACUUGGCUGCGUGAACUUCUCGGUGUCCGUCUUGAUGACCUUCAAGACAUCAUCAACACAUUGUCAAAGCCCUCGUUCAACAAGGAUUCCGUUCGCGAUGCCGCUAUUCGUUUAAAGGCAAAUCUUCAAAUGCAGCAGCAGGAGAAGGAGAGGGCCGUAAACGGCCAGAGCUUCCCAAGCCUACCCUCUCUAUCCGAACUGACUGCUUCUCCGCGUGCCCUACCUCUCGCGGCGGCUGCAGCAUGGGGCAACUGGCGCAAGGGCAGAGAAAAUGCGAACUCUGAGCAGACACCCUCAAAGCCAAGUCCCGCGACAUCUUUCCUCUCCGGACUCCUGACCCCUCCCAGCUCCAACGCCCGACAGAAUGGCCCCAACAACAGUGCGGCAGCUGGCCCGAGCUGGAGACGGCCAUCAGAAAGCCGGUCGCUCAAAGGCAUCGACACUACACCCAGGCCACUAUCCUCGCGUGCGGCCGGCAAAAUGCCAGAGCCACCAAGCACCCCUCCGCUCCUGCGCCAGUCAAGCUAUGACCACGACGCGGAGCCUACCGACUAUGUGGAGGCGGAGUCCCAGGAGGAGUCCCCGGCGGAAUCCCCGGUGGAAUCACCCCUCGAAGAAGACGAGAGCACCGCUGACGGAUUCGUCUCGGCCUCUCCCCGGGAGAUGGCCGAUGGCCCCUUCGGCCCACAAAUAGCAUGA